UAUAGAUUUCAGUCUUUUUAUUUUGUUUUCUGGAACGAGUGUGUUUUAACAACUAUACCCGGAAGUAUUUAGAAGUGACACUCGCAUGCGUUCCAUGCUACAAUUGUCUACUCUUUAAAAUUAUCUUUUUAACGCCCAAUCGAACUAUGAACCGCUGUACAAGACACGUUUUCACUGCUGACUGGAACCUCGUUCUACGGUUUCCAAGAAAAACACGGACAAAGUGCCAGCCUUGUUCGAGAACGGCUCUUAUUUAUCUGAGUAGGGGUCAGACCACGGCCGCAAAGGAAGCUCCAGAUGCUGGGAAAGAAGAGAAACCUCCACUACGAGCCAUUGACUUGGCUCAAAAGCUCCGGCAGGAGAAGUCCAAUACUCGGGCAGCGGAGCCCAAUGUGUCCCCCCAACAGAAGAGGGUGAUGGACCUAAAACGGUUCAGUCUGCAGCUUCAAAAUGUCCAUCCCAAUGUGCUGGCCAAGCACCUAAGCCAAGGAGUGCUCUACCAGGAUCAGAAUGUGGUCAUCAUCAACAAACCGUAUGGUGUUCCUGUCAGAGAUUCCUCUGGGGGGACUUCCAUCACAUCUGUGCUUCCUGUCCUCUCCAAAAUGAUCGAAGGUAGGAAGGUCAAAUGCAAGUCUCAGCUACUGCCCUGUCUCAGCCUAGAGAAGGAGAUGACGGGUGCUCUCUUGCUGGCAAGGAGCGAAGAAGCAGCAGAGCACGUAUUGAAACUCAAUAAAAGUAGUGAAGUGCACAGAAAAUAUUGGGUUGUCACAGUGGGCGUCCCAGUGCCGUCUGAAGGCAUGAUUGACAUUCCCAUCAUAGAGAGAGAAGUCACUGGUUCUCAGCCUCACUACAAGAUGGCUUUAAGCCCCGUUUACAGAAUGAAUGACUCAGGCAGUGGACUAACUAAAGUUCGAGCCAAUCGCCAAUCCCUUCCUGCCGUCACGAAAUACAAAGUUCUGGACAGCAACGCUGGAUGUAGCCUUGUGGAGCUGCAGCCUAUUACUGGAGUGAAGCACCAGAUGAGGGUCCAUAUGGCAUCUGCAUUGACAUGCCUCAUUUUAGGCGACCACAAAUAUUCACACUGGAGCAAACUGGCACCACAGAAAUUACCAGAGCAGGUGCUGGGGAAACUCGGCUUGGAACAGAGCAAAAUCCGACAUCUUCCGCUUCACUUGCACGCUCGUCAGCUGACACUGCCUGAAGUCGGUCGUGGAAUUAUCAGCGUGCAAUGCCCCAUGCCGAAGUUCUUCACGCAAACACUUCGACAACUGAAUUUAACUUUUCCUAAGGAAAAAGAUACUUUGUGAUUGAGUGCGACUUUUCAAAGUAUCUACUAUUAAGUGUACUAUUAUGUCAAUAAAUACAUCUAAACUUGA